AUGUCAGAUGGGCCUUUUAUUUGCCCUCUUGAAGAUGCCACGGAUUGGGGCCUCGACCCGGUAAGGAGCGCCCAGGCCUAUGUCAGGGCCACCAUUCACUACCCUGAUUUCCAGCGGGGCAUGCAGGCCAUGCCUUUCUGGCAGUCAACGGAUCGGGAUAACUGGUCUACCAACUUGCGGGAGAAGCUCAUGAAAUUCGCCAGCGAGCGCGGGUGGAACCACCCUAAUUUCCGGUCUGUGAACGAGGAGGACAUUUUCCAAGAAUGGCGUGAGCGCCAAAACGGGAGGAACAGGGACGACGAGGUCCAGGUUAACUUCUCAACGGGUCCUGAUGCAAUUUUCGAGACCAUGGAUGAUGAGUACAUGGACUUGGCCAGAGUGGCUAUGUCUCGUUACUUUAGGAAUGAAGUGCCUCGUGUUGAACGUGAGGACACUGACUCUGGCUCCGAUGCUUUAGACUCCGAUUCUUCUGGCUCUUCCGGCUUCGAGUUCUCAGACUCUGACUGGUGGUCGUAG